ACCUGUUCGUUAUUGCUGCUGACGUUGGUGCUGUCUCAGUGACGAUGGCGUCCACAGAUCUGUCGCUUCUGGAUCUAACAGACAAGGAAACCCGAGAGAAACUGUCUUUAUGGGACCGCCGCACGGAUGCCACGGCCCCCCUGACGGAGAAGCAAAUGGACUCUGUCCUGGAGAUCCGAGCUGCGGCUGAAACGCUGUCUGUUCCCUCGGAGCUGCCCAUUGAGGACCUGUGCAGCCUGUCGUCUCGGUCCUUGCAGUCCCCGUUCACAGCAGCUGUGCCUGCUUCAGCAGAGGACGUCCUUCUCAAAGGCUUUCAGAUGCUCGAAAUGGAAAAUGACAGGAUAGAAACUGCACAGCAGUUCUUUGCCUGGUUUGCCAAGUUGCAGACGAACAUGGACUUGGAUGAGAGCGCAAAGUACAGGAGAACCAGAGAUGAUUUGAACAGCUACCAAGAACAGUGUGAUGCUAUUCUGAAAGAUGUGAAUGCAGCUCUUGACCAUUUGGAUUCUCUUCAGAAACAGUACCUGUUUGUGUCCAAUAAGACCGGGGCAUUGCAUGAGGCCUGUGAACAGCUGCUCAAAGAACAAUCAGAGCUUGUUGACCUGGCAGAGAGCAUUCAACAGAAACUGUCAUACUUUAAUGAGUUGGAAAACAUAAACACAAAACUGAAUUCUCCAACUUUAUCUGUAAAUAGUGAAGGUUUUAUACCAAUGUUGUCCAAAUUGGAUGAUUGCAUAGAAUAUGUUUCAUCACAUCCUAAUUUCAAGGAUUAUCCAGUUUAUUUUGCUAAAUUUAAACAGUGUCUCUCUAAAGCUAUGCACUUCAUGAAGGUCUACAUUGUAAACACUAUGCAAUCUCUUACAAGCCAGUUAACAAAAAGGGAUCCAAUGGGUCUCACUAAUGCAGACAAUGCAUUUACACUUUAUUAUGUGAAAUUUAGAGCUGCUGCGCCUAAAGUUAGAUCUCUGAUUGAACAGAUAGAGCAGCGAGCACAGAAGAUCCCAGAGUACCAGCAGCUGCUAGAUGAAAUCCACCAGUGUUAUCUUGACCAGAGAGAGCAGCUGCUCAGUCCCUGCAUUACAUCCACCAUUACUGACUUGACCAAGCAAAACAGCAAAGACCACUGUGCUCUGGUCCGAAGUGGCUGUGCCUUCAUGGUUCAUGUGUGUCAGGAUGAACAUCAGCUGUUUAAUGAGUUCUUCACCAAGCCUACAUCUAAAUUAGACGAACUUUUAGAGAAGUUGUGUUUGUCGCUGUACGAUGUUCUCCGGCCGCUGAUAAUCCACAUCAUACACCUCGAAACCCUGUCUGAGCUGUGCAGCAUCCUAAAGAAUGAGAUGUUGGAAGACCACGUUCAAAACAAUGCUGCUCAGCUGGGCGCCUUUGAUGCCGUGGUGAAGCAGAUGCUGGAGGACGUUCAGGAGAGGCUGGUCUACAGGACUCACAUUUACAUCCAGACUGAUAUCACAAGUUACAACCCAGCUCCAGGUGAUCUGGCUUAUCCUGAAAAACUGGAAAUGAUGGAGAGAAUUGCCCAGAGCUUGAAGGAGGAACAGAUGAAGCAGAUGUCACAAGAGUCUGUGUUUUCUGAUGUUCAGCUUGAAGACGCCGAUAGAAGAAGAAACAGCAAUGCAGGCAAUGUGGAACCCUCCCGACUUCAGACAUCUGUGUCUCCCGCGGAUCUGCACGGCAUGUGGUACCCCACUGUCAGGCGAACCCUGGUUUGUUUGUCCAAGCUCUACAGAUGCAUUGAUAGAGCAGUAUUUCAGGGUUUAUCUCAAGAAGCCUUAUCUGCCUGCAUCCAGUCGCUGCUUAAAGCCUCUGAUAUCAUCCUUAAAAACAAGACUCAAAUAGACGGGCAACUUUUCCUGAUCAAGCACCUGCUGAUAUUGCGUGAACAGAUUGCCCCAUUUCACACUGAUUUUGCCAUCAAGGAAAUCUCACUGGACCUGAAAAAAACGCGAGAUGCUGCCUUCAAAAUCCUGAACCCCAAGGCUGUUCCUAAAUUCUUCCGACUCAAUAGUCACAAUGCCAUACUUGAAUUCCUGUUGGAGGGAACACCAGAGAUAAAAGAGCACUACAUUGACUCAAAGAAGGAUGUGGACCGACACCUGAAGUUCAGCUGUGAGCAGUUUAUCCAGCAGCAGACUCAGAUCUUUGUGGGGAACCUUGAGGAGUUUCUCACCAAGGUUUCAGCUCUGAAAACGAUGGCCGUCCAAGGUGGUCCCACCUACAGCCUGUCUCAGCAACCUUGGGCUCAGCCAGCAAAGAUCAACGAUAUAGUGAUGGCCACAUACCGAGUGAUGAAGAGCAAGCUGCCGAGCACUUUACAGAGCAUGUCCUUGUACUUGGCCAACAGAGACACAGAGUUCAUCCUUUUUAAGCCUGUUCGGAAUAACAUCCAGCAGGUUUUCCAAAGACUGCACACUUUGCUUCAGGAGGAAUACAGUGGAGAAGACCUUCAAAUCAUUGCAUGUCCAUCUAUGGAGCAGAUUAACCUGCUGCUGUCUGUGAAUAAGUAAUGUUCGGUGAAUCGAUGCACCCUCUCGAUGGCGGCGUGAAGCCGGCGCUUCAGUCAUGACCCGGAGGCUGAGGGGGCGGAAUGACCAGAAAAGACCCUGCACCUGUGCUACCUGCUGGGACGGGAGUGCUGGAUGGAUGUUUUUAAAAAAAAAAAAGUAUCAGAUGAAGGUUUGGGUACUCAUGUUGAGAAGGACUUUUCAAGAUCAGCCUGUUGUGCAAAAAAUUAAAGGGUCUUAGAGUUACUCCUACUUAGAGUGGUGGGUUUAUUAUCACGGUUGCAUCUCUUAUUGUGGAACAGUUUUGGUGGUAAUAUAAAGAUGGGGUAUGGAUUUAAAAAUGAGGACAUGACGGACUUAUUAAAGCCAGUUAGCAACCAAUGGUCAGUAAGUCACAGUCAUAUGCCCAGUUCCCUUCUUUGGUUUGGAAGGAAAAUGCUGCAAAAAUAUUUUUGUUCUUUAUUUUACCAUGCAAAAGUCUUUAUACCAGUUUAAACAUUUUCACAUUCGUCACAUGGCAACUACUGACCUUCAAAUAUUUUGUUGACUGAGACAAGGAAGUGCAUCACUGUGAAGUGGAGGGGAAAAUGAUACAUACACAACUUGCAUAUUUUUCUUUAAAAAAAUGGUAAAAAGCAGUAAAAUCCACCAUUUAGCUGCUUCAUAACUGUCAUUUGUAAAGGAGUUGCAAGAACACCAAAAUACGUCCUGUACAGUUUGUCUUAAGACAUGAUAGGGAUGUACCAAAUCUGUAUAAGCUAUUGUGUUUUAAAUGAGAGCAACAAUUGUUUUUUUUUUCACUACAUGUAAAAUAUCCUAAAUAUUCGAUCCCUACCAUGACUCAUAGCGGUUGCAGCAUCUUGCUGUGGGAAGACCCGAGAGGGGAGGCAGAGGUUUGUUUUCCAGCAAAACGACCUUAAACAUCUAGCUGGGCCUAUGGUGGAAUAGCUAAGAACAAAGCAUCUUCAUGUGUUACUGGAACUAAAUCUAUAGCUUUAUAAUCUAUAUAAUCUAUAAGCUUUAAAAUACAAAAAAGAAAACUGCUCACAGAUGCUCUUGAUUGAGCUUGAACUACUUGGUACAGAAAAAUUGGGUGAGAAUAUCAGUAUCUAGAUGAGCACUAGUGAUAGAAAUUACAAAGGGAAAAUGAAUUCUUGUCAUACAUUUCAGAUUUAUUCUUACAAAACAUGUUGAUGUCUUUUUCCUUCCACUUCACAAUUGAACAGAAUUCUGUUGGUGCAUAAAAUCUGUUUAAUGCCCCAAAAUUUGUUGUUACAAGGUAGAAAAAAAAAACUGAAGAAGUGAAGGAGUAUUCAUACUUUUGCUAAGGCAUUGUUAGUCUCCGUCUGUGUAGCCAAAUGAUGACCUGUACCAUGGGUGAGUCAGGUCCGGCAAGUUUGUUCUCUCUAAUCAGAGCAGAGAUGGAUGUUUUCACAAACCUUCUCACCUGCAACCUCCACUUUGAAUGUUUUUGUUGUUUAGUUGCACAUUUGAAAAGCAAAACUGAAAACUUGUGUUUUUAUACUUCUUUUAUAACUUGGUAAAUUCAGCAUUUACUCUCACACAGUAUAUUUUGCUCUUACAUGAAGAACGGAUGUGUCAUCAGUGUACUCUUUGCUUUGGUUUGUCCCAUGUAAAUUGAUUUGUAGAGGUCUUCUAUUUAUGGACAUUCUUAAUAAAAGAAGAGGUUAUUAA